GACUUCAUAUUGCUUUGAGAAGUUUGUGUUCAAAAAGCAUCAUGCCUGAACCAGCAAAGUCCGCGCCUAAGAAGGGCUCCAAGAAGGCCGUCACGAAGACCGCCGGUAAGGGAGGAAAGAAGCGCAAGAGGUCCAGGAAGGAGAGCUACGCUAUCUACGUCUACAAAGUCCUGAAGCAGGUUCAUCCUGACACCGGCAUCUCUUCCAAGGCGAUGGGCAUCAUGAACUCUUUCGUCAACGACAUCUUCGAGCGCAUCGCCGGUGAGUCGUCUCGUCUCGCUCACUACAACAAGCGCUCCACCAUCACUUCUAGAGAGAUCCAGACCGCCGUGCGUCUGCUGCUGCCCGGAGAGCUGGCCAAACACGCCGUGUCCGAGGGCACCAAGGCCGUCACCAAGUACACCAGCUCCAAGUAGAGAUUCAACCGAGACUCUCUGCGACCCAAAGGCUCUUUUAAGAGCCACCCAACUUCUCCUUAAAGAGCUUCUGUUUGUAGAACUAAAUAUCAUUUAUCGAGAAAUUUGCUUUGAAAUAAGUGGAUUUUCUAAAGUGUUUAAUGAAAUUU